GUGUGCGCUCGUGAGGUUGAUCAGAGACUGUCGCAAUAAAUGCGGAUGGGAAUGUUGUUGCUGUCGAUAUUGUUGCUGUUGCUGAUACAGACGCUGCUGAUGUUGUUGAUACGGUAUCUGUUGCUGUUGUUGAUCGCUGUUCAAGUUUUCUCUGCUAUCGCUGGAAAAGAUACAGAAAUGGAAAGCAGCAUUGGUGCAAAUAACACUAUUUUUUCGUUGACUCAUAUCUGACUGAAGCAGAGCAAAGCAGAAACACUCAUUUUUUGGCAUAAAAUUUAAUACACAAAUACAGCUCAAUAGCUCGCUUGUUAAUUAUUAAAAACAUACGACUUGGGCAAUUUAUAUAUUAACAUAUAUUAAUGAAUUCUUAAAAACAAUUAAUAAAAAGAGAUACUUAAAACUUCUAGAUUUUAAAACUGGGAACUCUGGUAACCCUGUUUGAUGAUAGAAAUUGACAACAAUACGAUUCUUGAAAUGCCAUGAACACUGCCAGAAAACACUCAAUCGCCUACUAUGACCGCCGGGAGAAAUACUGACUUCGCCCGAUUCAUACCGCCAUUGCUAAAUCAGCCAAUAAAAGUGACGAAUACUCAUACUAGCGCAGCUUCGGGUUAAAAUUUUAUAUACAUGCAUGGCCAACGACAAUAGUGUGUGUGUCGAGGGAGAAUGUGAGUUAUUUGUCGAAGCGAGCGCUAAAGGUAGCCAUUAAUAAUACUUAACCUUUCUAUCAAAUCGUAGUCGUUGGCUCGUAGUUGUGGUGUUUGAUUUUAAACGACUUUGCACAAAGUUAGUUUUUAUUAGUUGAAAUACAGGGAAUUUACAAUGAGUUACCAAGUGGAAGCAUUGAAUUCUGCACAUCUUGAAUUGCAAGGAAGUGGUAGUGGGGCCGAACUCCGACGACCAUUUGAUCCAACUGCUCAUGAUCUGGAACCCUCUUUCAGACUGACUAGGUUUGCGGAUUUAAAGGGACGUGGUUGUAAAGUGCCACAAGAAGUUCUUGGUAAACUUGUUUCGGCAUUGCAGCAGGAUUAUUCCAAUGCCUCAGAUCAAGAUGCUCAGUUUAUGAAUAUGGCUAUACCACGCAUUGGGAUCGGCUUGGAUUGCUCUGUUAUCCCCCUACGUCACGGGGGUCUCUGUUUAGUUCAGACAACCGAUUUUUUCUAUCCCAUUGUUGAUGAUCCUUAUAUGAUGGGAAAGAUAGCAUGUGCCAACGUUUUAAGUGACUUGUAUGCAAUGGGUGUAACAGAUUGCGAUAACAUGUUAAUGCUGCUUGCUGUAAGCACAAAAAUGACCGAAAAAGAGCGCGAUGUAGUCGUUCCACUUAUAAUGCGUGGUUUUAAAGAUUCGGCGUUGGAAGCGGGAACCACUGUUACAGGAGGGCAAAGUGUAGUGAAUCCUUGGUGUACCAUUGGUGGAGUGGCUUCAACCAUAUGUCAACCUAAUGAGUAUAUAGUUCCGGAUAAUGCUGUUGUAGGUGAUGUAUUGGUACUCACUAAACCACUCGGAACUCAAGUUGCUGUGAACGCUCACCAGUGGUUAGAUCAACCAGAGCGGUGGAAUCGCAUUAAACUUGUAGUUUCCGAAGAAGACGUCCGCAAAGCAUACCAUCGAGCAAUGAGUUCAAUGGCCCGUUUGAAUCGAACAGCCGCUCGCCUAAUGCACAAAUACAACGCUCAUGGAUCUACUGAUAUUACCGGCUUUGGAUUAUUAGGACACGCGCAAACUCUUGCUUCGCAUCAAAAAAAAGAUGUGUCGUUUGUUAUACAUAACCUGCCUGUAAUUGCUAAGAUGGCUGCAGUUGCAAAAGCCUGUGGAAAUAUGUUUCAAUUGUUGCAAGGACAUUCAGCUGAAACAUCUGGAGGUCUUCUUAUCUGUUUACCAAGAGAACAAGCUGCUGCUUAUUGCAAAGAUAUAGAAAAGCAGGAGGGAUAUCAGGCUUGGAUAAUUGGUAUUGUUGAAAAGGGCAAUAAAACAGCUCGUAUUAUCGAUAAGCCCAGAGUUAUUGAAGUGCCAGCAAAAGAUUAAUUUCAUAUAUUACUAAUAAGAAUUUAUUGUAUCAAAAUUCGUUUUAUAGACAUUAAAUAUUUUGCAUAAUUUGCAAUCCUUGUUUA